AUGGUCGGGUCCUGGAUCUUGCCUCUGCGUGCCAUGCCAUCUAAAUUCGCUUUCUUCCAUCAACCAAGGGCGGAGGCCAACUCCCAGCCUCCGUCCACCAGUCCCAAGAGGAAGAGGAACUUGUCAUCGGAUUCUGAGGAUGACCUGGCAGAGCUGCUGGACCCUGAGCCUGAGCCGGUGUGGUCCGUGGAGACACUGUGUGGGCUUAGGAUGACGCUGAGGAGGAGGCGCGCAUCUAUGGUGAGGCCUGAACACCACAAGGUCUUCACCAGGCUGCUGGAGGAUCCUGUGGUGAAAAAAUUCCUGGCCUGGGACAAGACACUGAGAGUGUCUGAUAAGUACCUCCUGUCUAUGGUCAUAGCUUAUUUCAGCCGCGCCGGACUCUUCUCCUGGCAGUAUAGGCCAAUCCACUUCUUCCUGGCUCUGUACCUGGCCAAUGACAUGGAGGAGGACAACCAGGCCCCUAAACAAGAUAUUUUUUACUUCCUCUACGGGAAGAGCUAUGCCCAGCGCCCCAUGUUCCACAAACUACGGUUCCAGUUCAUUCGGUCCAUGGGCUGGAGGAUCUGGGUGUCCCGGGAGGAGUGUGAAGAGAUCCAGGCUUACAAUCCAGAGCUGUGGGUGUGGGUACGAGAUCGCACCAACCUAUCUUAG